AUGUAUCACGACCCCAAUUAUAUAAAAGACCGGGAUGAGAAGACCAAUUUCCCAAAUCACCGUCGUACCACUGACUUCAGUAACCGCCUACCGAUGAUCUCUGAUCACUGUGUUCAUCUGGGCGCCCAAACUUCUUUCAACCUAAAACCUUCCGCGGCGCCUAAUGGAAACAACGAAACGCUGACCGCAAAGGCAAAGGGGAAUGCCACAGAAAUUGAUGCACAAGAUGUGAACAGUAAAGACAGAGUGAAUGAAGACAAAAGCGAAAAAGCGGGGAAUGCAGCUCCCAAAUUGGACUGUCCUCCGGUGGGUUUGGAGUCUCUCAGGGUGUCUGAUUCUCAACUCCAGGCCUCCACCUCCCUGCAGGCUGCUUUUGGCCCACACAGAGGCCGACUGAACAUACAGUCUGGUUUAGAUGACGAUGACGAAUACGGUGGUGCGUGGUGCGCGGGGCUAGAGGAUAAAGAGCAGUGGUUGCAGCUGGAUGUUCUCAGACCGACACUCUUUACUGCAGUCAUCCUUCAGGGCAGAAGCUCCAUCUGGAGCUUGCAUUGGGUCCUCACCUACAAAGUGCAGAUCAGUAAUGACACAGAACGUUGGAAGCCCUGCAUGAAUGGAUCGCAAGAGGCGAUUUUUGUGGGGAAUCAGGACCCCGAGACACCUGUGCUGGCCCAGUUUCCUGAACCUGUAGUGGGUCGUUAUAUCCGUAUCAACCCCCAGACCUGGUUCUCCAAUGGUACCAUCUGCCUCAGAGCUGAAGUUCUUGGCUGCCCACUUCCAGAUCCUAAUCACUUAUAUCCUUGGGAGCCUGAGACGGGAUCUAAAGACAAGUUGGAUUUCAGACACCAUAAUUACAAUGAAAUGAGAAAGUUACUGAAGGCAGUGAAUGAGAAAUGCCCUGAUAUCACUCGUAUCUACAGCAUUGGGAGGAGUUACACUGGGCUCAAACUCUAUGUUAUGGAGAUAUCAGACAACCCUGGAAAACAUGAACUGGGGGAACCAGAGUUUCGCUAUGUUGCUGGGAUGCAUGGCAAUGAGGCUUUGGGUAGAGAGCUUGUGCUGAACCUCAUGGAGUACAUCUGCCAAGAGUACAAGCGUGGAAAUCAGCGGAUCAUACGUCUGGUGAAAGACACACGGAUCCACCUAUUACCGUCCAUGAACCCAGACGGAUACGAAGCGGCCUAUGAGAAGGGCUCGGAGCUCUCUGGCUGGGCCCUUGGGCGCUAUAGUUACGAGGGUAUCGACAUGAAUCACAACUUUCCAGACCUAAACAACAUCAUGUGGGAUGCUCAGGAGUUGGCCAAAGACACCAACAGGAAAGUGAGCAACCAUUACAUCGCUAUGCCUGAGUAUUACACUUCAGAGGAGGCAAUGGUUGCUCCGGAGACUCGGGCAGUGAUCAGUUGGAUGCAGGCCAUUCCAUUUGUUCUCAGCGCCAACCUUCAUGGUGGUGAGCUGGUGGUCACCUAUCCCUAUGACUGCACGCGUGAUUGGAUCCCUCGCCAGAACACGCCCACGGCAGACGAUGCCUUCUUCCGCUGGUUGGCUACUGUCUAUGCAACCACCAAUCUGGUGAUGGCAAACCCUGAACGUAGAAUCUGUCAUUACGAGAACUUCCACCAGCAUAACAACAUCAUUAAUGGAGCUGACUGGCACACGGUACCAGGAAGCAUGAAUGACUUCAGUUACCUUCACACUAAUUGUUUUGAGGUGACGGUAGAGUUGUCCUGUGAUAAGUUCCCUCACGCUAGUGAGCUCCCUACAGAAUGGGAAAACAACAAGGAGGCUCUUCUGCUCUACAUGGAACAGGUACACAGAGGCCUGAAGGGCGUGAUCAGGGAUAAAGACACAAAAGUUGGCAUCGCUAACGCUAUCAUUAAAGUGGAGGACCUGGACCAUCACAUAAGAUCAGCCGCCGAUGGGGACUACUGGCGUUUGUUGAACCCCGGUGAGUAUAAGUUGACGGUGUGGGCAGAGGGUUACAUGCCCUCAAUACGUUACUGUUCGGUGGGCUCCGAGCCACACCCUACUCUCUGCGACUUCAACCUCACCAGAACUCCGGAGGAACGCGUCAAGCAGAUCCUGGCCAAGGGCGGGAAACUUCCGCGCGACAUGCAGCUCCGACUCCGCGCCAUGCGGGUCCGGAAACUCCGCGUCACGACGAAGAUCCUAAACCGUCGCCGCCAAAGAAAGCAACAAACCAAGGCUAGCCGCUAGCGAAGUAUUUCCCCAUGCGUUAAGAGGACAGGAAGGACUAAAGAGAGCCAAUCAUAGCAGGAGAGAAAGUCACGGAAGAUUAAGGGACCAGUCAAGGAUUGUUAGAUGUGUGCAGUUGCUGCAUGUUCCCACACCAAAACCAGUCCAAACCAGAAUCGCUCCCUGACCCCAUACACGGGU